AUGGAAAGACAAGAGAGGCUAGAGAAAGAGAAACUAGCAUAUCAGUAUGAAAUAGAAAUGAAGAAGCUAGCGAUACAGACGAAAUUUGGAGUAGGCUCGGGUAGUGAAAAGCAUAGUGAAAAUUUUGUGGUUACAAAGCAUAUUAGGUUAGUGCCUCCAUUCCAAGAAAAAGAUUUCAAUAAGUACUUUUUGCAUUUCGAGAAAAUAGCUAGUAAUCUUAAGUGGCCCAAAGAGUACUGGGUAAUGUUAUUACAAAGUGUAUUGGUUGGUAAAGCAAGGGAAAUAUAUACACAGUUAAGUGUAGAGCAAGCUGCAAGUUACGACAUUGUUAAGGAUCUUAUUUUAAAGGAUUACAAGUUAGUUCCUGAGGCAUAUCGUCAAAAGUUUAGAAACUCUGAGAAAGUCAGUUGUGAAACUUACGUAGAAUUUGCUAGGAGUAAGGAACAGUUAGUUGAUCGUUGGUGUCAUUCACGGAAGAUAGGCAAGAGUCGCGAUAAGUUAAGACAGUUAAUAUUAGUUGAAGAAUUUAAGAGGUGCAUUCACAGUGAUGUCCGAACCUUCAUCAACGAGCAAAGAGCGUUGGAAGAUGCAGCACGGUUAGCUGAUGAAUUCUCAUUGAGUCACAAAGUGAACUUCAUGGGAAAGCCCUGUCAGCCUCACAGUGAAAUUCAGUCUCUAUCUGCAUCACGAUGGCUUGGAAACCAGAGGAGUAAACAGAACGACGGAGCACAUCCCAAACAGAACCCUAGUAACAACUCUACAAACCGUUCCAGCUCUACCCCGUCAAGAUUAAACCGGUUUGUUCCAAAUAAGCCCGUCAAGCCACCAACCUAUUAUUAUUGCAGGAAAGAAUGUCACCUGAUUUCCAGUUGCCCAGAAAAUUGGAGAGCCGCGCAAAAACAUGGUGUGGAGCCGAAGCCUAAUGGAUUUGUUGCUAAGCCGUCGCCUUUAGUUUCUGAAAGUGAAUGUGUACGUCCGCAAUUUCUUCAAGAGAAGACCCAGACAAUCUCUACAAAUGAUGUCAGUGGAGUUCUAAUCAGAGGAAUCAGUUCCGAGUUUACCCCAGUUCCGCUCCAUACAGUUUUCCUAUCGUCGGAUCUUGUGACUGGUCCUGUGAAAGUUGGAAUACAACGGACACUGCCAUUUGAUGGAGUACACCUUAUCCUCGGAAAUGACCUCGCAGGAGACAAAGUGAUCGUUAAUGCUAUCGUUACAAAGAAGCCUAGUUCAGAAACGUCUCCAGAUCCAGCUGAGAAGAUAAUUCCUGGUCUUUACCCUGCAUGUGUGGUAAUGCGAGCCAUGAGCAAGAAGACGAAAACCAGUGAUGAAGAAAUUGCCCUAGCAGACACCCUUAUCAGUCGAGUUGUUGAGGAUGAACAAUCAAAUCCCUCCGUUUCUGAGCCAACAGAAGUCCUACUGAGAAGAGCCUAG